AUGGGUGACUCGUUGGACCACAGGCUGACAGUUAGAUGGAAUAACUUUGUAACCACCACCGACAGUAGAUGCCUCAUUACAUGUGGUUACCCAGACUACAGUUUUAGAGUGAUUGACACGGAUUCAGCACGGGUUCGGCAAGUGAUCUAUGGUCAUGGCGAUGUCGUGACAUGCAUUGCUAGAUCGGAAACGAGUCUGUUUGCUGAUUGCUAUGUGGUCACAGGCAGCAAUGAUUGUACGGUAGCUCUAUGGCAUUGGAAUGGGCAGCAAGGCUUCGUUGCUGGAGAGUACAAUGUGCCUGGAGAAACACCAUCACCCCGAGCAAUACUUACGGGCCAUGAAGCUGCAAUCUCUGCUCUCGCUGUGUCUGCUGAACAUGGACUAGUUUUGAGUGGAUGUGAAGGUAUGUUCAUACUUUUUGCUCGUGGGCCCUUUGGCACCUGUACACCGCAUGCUACCGUAAUCUUGCGAUGCCUUUGAGA